GAUACCUGGAAGUUUUCAGCCAGCCGCGGAAAAGGUGGGGGUAAUGGAUGCUCUAAGUGCCUCUCCAGGCGUUUCUCUGCGAGAAGCCACCCAGCGAAAGUUGCGGAGGUUUUCAGAGCUGAGAGGCAAACCUGUGGCAGCUGGAGAGUUCUGGGACAUUGUUGCAAUAACAGCAGCUGAUGAAAAACAGGAACUUGCUUAUAAGCAACAGCUGUCAGAAAAGCUGAAAAAAAGGGAGUUACCCCUUGGAGUUCAAUAUCAUGUUUUUGUUGAUCCUGCUGGAGCCAAAAUUGGAAAUGGAGGAUCAACACUUUGUGCCCUUCGAUGUUUGGAAAAGCUCUAUGGAGAUAAAUGGAAUUCUUUUACCAUCCUAUUAAUUCAUUCUGGUGGCUACAGUCAGCGCCUUCCAAAUGCAAGUGCUCUGGGGAAAAUUUUCACUGCUUUACCUUUUGGUAACCCCAUUUAUCAGAUGUUAGAAUUAAAACUAGCCAUGUACAUUGAUUUCCCCUCACAUAUGAAUCCUGGGAUUCUGGUUACCUGUGCAGAUGAUAUUGAACUUUAUAGUAUUGGAGAAUCUGAGUUCAUUAGGUUUGACAAGCCUGGCUUUACUGCUUUAGCUCACCCUUCUAGUUUGACCAUAGGCACCACACAUGGAGUAUUUGUCUUAGAACCAUUUAAUUGUUUAGAACAUAGAGACCUUGAAUACAGGUGUUGCCAUCGUUUCCUUCAUAAGCCCAGCAUGGAAAAGAUGCAUCAAUGUAAUGCUGUGUGUAGACCUGGAAAUGUUUCUCAACAGGACUUUGCUGGGGGUGACACCACCUCUCUUAUAUUAGACCAUGAGUAUGUCUACACAGAUAGCCUAUUUUACAUGGAUCAUAAAUCAGCAAGAAAAUUACUUGCUUUUUAUGAAAAAAUAGGUACACUGAACUGUGAAAUAGAUGCCUAUGGAGACUUCCUGCAGGCUUUGGGACCUGGAGCAACUGUGGAGUAUACCAGAAACACAUCCAAUGUCACGAAAGAAGAGUCAGAGUUAGUAGACAUGAGGCAGAGAAUAUUUGAUCUUCUUAAAGGAACAUCACUAAAUGUUGUUGUUCUUAAUAACUCCAAAUUUUAUCACAUUGGAACAACCGAAGAAUAUUUGUUUCACUUUACUUCAGACAGCAGUCUGAAGUCAGAGCUUGGCUUACAGUCCAUAGCUUUUAGCAUCUUUCCAGCAAUACCCAAAUGCUCUGGUAACACAUCCUGUAUCAUUCACAGUAUACUGGAUUCAAGAUGUUCUGUGUCACCUGGCUCAGUUGUGGAGUAUUCCAGAUUGGGGCCUGACGUUUCAGUUGGAGAAAACUGCAUUAUUAGUGGUUCUUAUGUCAUAGCAACAGCUGUCCUGCCUGCAUAUUCUUUUGUGUGUUCCUUAAGCUUAAAGAUGAAUGGACACUUAAAGUAUUCAACUAUGGCAUUUGGAGUGCAAGACACGUUGAAAAAGAAUGUUAAAACAUUGUCAGAUAUAAAGUCACUUCAAUUCUUUGGAGUCUGUUUUCUGUCAUGCUUAGAUAUUUGGAAUCUGCAAGUUACAGAGGAACUGUUCUCUGGAAACAAGACAUACUUGAGUUUGUGGAAUGCUCGUAUUUUCCCAGUUUGUUCUUCUUUGAGUGAUUCAGUUACAACAUCCCUAAAGAUGUUAAAUGCUGUACAAAACAAGUCAAAAUUCAGCCUGAAUAACUAUGAGCUAUUGUCCAUUGAAGAAAUGCUUGUCUACAAAGAUGUGGAAGACAUGAUAACUUAUAGGGAGCAAAUUUUUCUAGAAAUUGAGGAGAAAACAGCCUGAUUUAGAGACAUCUUAAGUAUUGUAUACUUGGCCUUUCUUGAUUGAGCAAGAUUGCAAAUACAGUUUUCUGUAGAAUUUUGUUUGUUUCAAUGAAGUGAAUUAAUGAAAAUCAUAGUAACAUAAUUGCUGUAGCAUAAGAUUAAUAACAAACAGAAAAACCAUUUUUUGAUAAAAAUUAGGAUUUGAAGGCUGUAAGUUAAGGGAUUUUUUUGGAUGUUUAUCACUUUUAAUUUUUCUUUCAAUAAAGAUGGAUUUAUGGAGCAUUGUUUUGUUCACAUAAUACUAUAGUAGUUUUAAAGGUAAUUUUCUAAACAUACCUUUAGAGUUUUUCUGUCUUUUAGGUUUUGGUUCCAACAAAGUUCUAAGUGUUUACUGGCAGCUCUUUCCUCAAACUUAGUAGUUCUAUUCAGAUGAACUAAUAAAAAUGGCAUUCUGUAGGUCUUCAAAACACUGUAGGAAUACUGUAGAAAUACGUUUUCAAAAACAUAUUCAUAGCUGAUAAAUUUAGAUUAAAUCAAUGCUUAAAAUACUAUAAUUGUCUGAAACUUGAUUAAAAAUCUGUCUCAUUGAUCUUACCAAAAUGAAACAGAAAAGAGUAUAUGGGUUAUUUUAUCCUUAUAAACUUGAGCAUGUGUUUGUGUAGCUCAAAAAUCUUCCCUAAAUUUCCAUCCAUAGGGAAACAUACGUACACACACAACUCAAGUAUCUGUUUGGAGAAGAUGGUAGGGAUAAUUGAGAUUCACUGAUAAUCAUGUAAGUUCCUUUGGGACGUUACUUUCAUCCUCUCUUAUUAGUCCCUUAGAACUGUUAAAUUACCAGAUGGAUGAUUUUACUUUCUAUUUCUUAUUUUCUGUCCAUGCACUCGUGGUGAUGCUGAGAAGGAAUAAAUAGCCAAAAAGUAGACAGCAGGAAGGAGCCAGAAGACUACAAAGACCGAGAAAAUAUACAGAUGAUAAAUAGCUUCAAGAAAAUAAAAAUUGGCUGAAUUCCAAGUUAUGUGUCCCUAUUUUGGUGUAAGCACAUAUGUGAAAUGUCUUCAUAUCAAAGUCUAAUAACUAGAGAAAAUAUUUGUCAGAGUUCUGUGUUUUAACAUUAAUAAAUUGAAAUAAGAACUGGUCUGUGCCACUUUUAUUUAUAUAUUAGCUUGUCUAUAUGAAAAUAAUUAUUUGGUAAACCAGAAAUGACUUGUCUUCAACGCUUAAUUUAUGAUAUUUAUAUAUAUUUUUUUCUUUUUUCAAGGUUCUUUCCAAGAAAAUAAAUUAAGAUAUAUGGUGGCUAUUGCUUUGCAUUCACUGAUUUACUUGCACAGCUUUCAGAGGAUAUGCGUUUAUCAUGUAUUAAAUGUUAAAUACGGUAUCUCAUAGUAUAAGUCUAUAAUCUUUAUAUUUCACUAAAUAUAAAGUGUCAUCAAUUAUUAAGAGUCACCAUUUUAUGUGCCACUGAAAGAAAACGCUACCAAUAAAAUA